CGAUGGACAGUAACCAAAUCCAGAUCCAGGACACCCACACAGAUCAGCAUCAUAGGUCAUAAUAGAGCAACAAACUUGUAGCAGACAAUGAUAAUGAUGGCUCCUUGGGUGUAUACACUUUUGAUGCUCUUGCUGAGCUCACCAUGGUCUCUUAGCGCCUUUCAAUCCACUGCGCCCGCAACAUUAUCGCGGACAACAUGUCGUCACAAUGCCAAGAUGGUUCGAGUGGGCAUUAGCAACAAUCCCAUGGAUGAAUUGGACAAGGCACUCAAGGCUGCCAAUGCUGCCAGGGCUGCUGCUGCUGAAAAGAGUAGUGUCGAAAAUAGUAAUAUUAAAGUUGAGAAGGAAUCUUCAGCAGAGGGUGCCAGUCAGAAAGAAGACAAAAAUGCCAACAAGGAUGAUACUGCAGCUUUGACUGCCACCACCAAGAGUUAUCCAACAUCCGCCGAUGAACCAGGGUCCUUGGCAGCACAAAUUAACGACCUCUUUACCAGCAUGGAUUUGUUGUUGGAAAAACUCAACUGGAGCAUUGUCAAGUCAAACGUCGUGGAUGGAUCCAUUGGAGAACGGGGUGAAGGAUACACAGCGACAGUCUUGUUUCUGUUUGUUUCCAUUGUCAUUGGCACGUUUCCCUUGCCGUACAUUGGACAAGUCUUUGCGUUCCUGGGUGGACCCGGGUUGAUGCUGGCAGGAGGGGCAUUGAUCUUGGCAGCCCUAAACGAUUUGGGAGACAACAAUCUGACACCCUUUUUGGCACCCGUCGCCAGAGGAGAGCUCAUUACGGAUGGAAUCUAUUCCAAGAUUCGACAUCCCAUUUAUGCUGGGUUAAUGUGUCUGUGUGCCGGAUUUUCCAUAUUGACAACCUCCGCACCCAGGCUAGUCCUGACAGCAAUUCUCAUCCUAUUACUCAACGUCAAAUCGGAUAAGGAGGAAGAAAAGCUCAUGGAAAAAUAUCCCGAGUAUGCCGCCUAUCGAGUGACUACUGGAAAAUUUUAUCCGGGAGAUUGGUCGUUUCGUGAAGACGAUUAAAACGUAGAUAUUGUAGCUAGCUAUACAUAACAUGUAGUAGAAGAAGUACCAUACUCCACAGGGCACUUUACCAAAGACUACAUACAUGAUGUGAUGUGAGAUCACCAAUCAAUCAACUACAAAGCUGCGAGGACCUGUUGUACAGGAUCUUGAUAACGUUGUAACACUACAAUCGGUGCCAAAUAAUCACCGCUGUCUAUUUGAUGGCAUCGCCAUACCAUGUUACAUGCUGGGGUGUGACAUUCUGGAAUUGUCUACUUCACUAAUCAACUACCGUAGUAGUCUUUUGCUAACGUAUUCUAAAAAAGGAGACUGCU